AUGUUACUGUGGCAUCUGCCAAAGAAAUCGGUGCUACCAGCAAUCGCCUCUCGGCAACCGAGGCUGUCGCUGGCCUUGUCCUCAUCUCAGCUCGUCAGACUCAAACGCUACGAGGCGUAUGAUGCUCGACUAGACCAGGACGCCUUGGCCGAGGCUCGAGUGUGGUACAAUUCAUUUGACGCCUCUCAAUUGCCCAAGGGCAAUACCUCAUAUGCCAGGUCCAGUGGGCCUGGGGGGCAGCACGUCAACAAGUAUGAAAUGGCCCAAGGCCUCCCCCUCUUUCGGUUCACGGUGUAUCCCGUCAAAGACCUGCUCGCCGUUCUCCCCAAAUAUCUUCAUCCCGCAGUGCGGUCUUCCAAGUACUACACGGCUGGCAAUGACUCUCUCACAUUUUCGGCGCAAACCCAUCGGUCCAAAUCCGCCAACCUUGACGAAAACAAACGCAAGCUCAUAGACGAGGUCAUGGGCAUCUAUCGUGAAUUGACGCCUGCUGAGACGAGUUCUGAGAAGAAGAAGAAGCACCAGGAGAUGUAUGCGCGCACCCCCGUAGUCGAGUAA